UCGGGACACACCUGAAGCUCCGGAAGCGUCGCAUUUUUCCUCAGAAUCCUUGAACAAACAGCGAGCGACACAUUUCACCCGAAACUCUGGAUUAAACUGACGAUUUUACUUCUUCAAAUGAGGAAUAACAGACGUGUGGAGGAGAGGAACACUUAGAUUUCAGAGUAACAGGCUGUUUUUGAAUCCUGUAUAUUUAAAGGGGUUUCACUGGAAGUUUUGUUCUGUUGAGAAUGACACGGUUUCGGCUCUGGUUCCUCUGGACCGCAGUGGUUCUGCUCGUCUCUCUUCUCGUGGGUCCAUCAGCGGGUCAGAACGAAAAUGGGUGUCUGGGUAAAUUCAGCCGUGGAAAAGAGGAUUUUGUGUUAAACACGGAUGAAUCGGUGAAGGAUGGGGCCACGUUUCUGGGUUCUCCGAAGGUGUCCCAGGCUGACGACUGUGUUCAGGCGUGCUGUAAAGAUCCGAACUGUAAUCUGGCUCUGAUAGAGGACGGAGGGGAUCCCAAAACCAUCAGCUCCUGCUUCAUCUUCAACUGUCUCUACAAACAGAAGAAAGUGUGUCACUUUGUCAGGAAGAAGGGCUUCAACAACUACAUGUUGACCUCCGUGUUUAAAGAUUACCUUGAGCAACAGGUUUCAGAUGAGGAAGACAAACAUCCUGUCGCAGUGGCUGGUCAAGACCGAGUCGUUCAACCUCACGACGAUGUCACUUUGAACGGCAUCCAGAGCAAAGACGAUAAAAAGAUCGUGAAAUAUGAGUGGGAGUUGGUGUCUGGGGAUCCGUCAGCCAUCAUGACGAAAACGAGUUUCGAGGAUGCGGUAACUGUCUCUAAUCUCUCUCCUGGGAUGUAUAAGUUCAGACUCACUGUCACCGAUGAUACAGGAAAGACGGGAUCGGCCGACGUUUCUGUGUUAGUUCUGACUCCAGAACAGUCACUCCAUCACUGUCUGGUGCCAAAGAAAGAGGGCCCGUGUCGAGGGUCUUUCCCGCGCUGGCAUUACAACGCCGUCACUGAGAAAUGCGAGGAGUUCAAAUUCGGAGGAUGCAAACCAAACCGCAACAACUAUCUGGCGCUCCAAGAGUGCCAAAACGCUUGCGACAAAGUUUCAGUUAAUUCCCCACAUCCAUCUGGAAGAUUGGGUCCGAUCCAUAAUCAGGAUGAACAGUGUGACAUGCCGUGCGGUCCAGAACAGUUCCAGUGCUCCAAUAACUGCUGUAUUGAUAAAGAGCUUGAAUGUGAUGGAGAAUCACAGUGCAGCGACAGGUCGGACGAGGCGGAGUGCUCGAAUUGGAAACAAAAGUUUAAGCGAUUAAUAGAGCUUCCACUGGACACGGAGAAAGCUCGUUGUGUGGAGCUGCCGCUGACGGGUCCCUGUCGGGCGAGUUUCUCUAACUGGUACUACAACCCGUACGAGCGGCGCUGUAACCGCUUCACGUUUGGCGGCUGCGAUGGAAAUAACAACCGCUUUGAAACCGAGGACCAGUGCAUGAAGUUAUGCAGCUCAGUGACGGAUUCGGAUGUGUUUGCCAGAAAAGCUCAGUUUGAGAAGCGCGAGGGCGGCAGUGACACAGCUGCCAUCAUCAUUGCUAUACUACUGGGCGUUGCCAUAGCGAUCCUUCUGAUCGUCAUCGCGUGCUGCCUCCUGCGGGGCAAGAAGAAACGUCAAAACAAACAUCAGAUUGUCGCAGUUAACGGCGGUCACGUUCACACCUACGAGGACGAGAAACUGGUCUACAACAGCACCACUAAACCCGUCUGAUGCAGACGAGCGCCAAUCCACCCGCUGGCACGUGCUGUGACGCGCAUUAACGCACGCUGGGUUUUAUUUCUACACUUGGUUGGAUUGUUUUGUUUGCUUUGAGUAGACGGGCUGGAAACUGCUGCAUAGAUGUUUGAUUGUUUCCUCGAUGUUUGAAAACAAUUUAUAAGCAACAUUUUCAGAGUACUAUGAAACUUCUUUUCUAUAGAUGAAUAUAAAUAUAUAAGUGUAUUGGAUUGUCCUCAGGGGUACAUAUGUGUUGCAAUAGCAUAUACUGUUUAGCUUUUAAAAUCCAUGACCACGUGACAUCCCAGAGUUUUUAAUAUUCUGUCUUAUUACUGUCCUUUUUUUUUUUUUUUAAGUAAACUGCUGUUAUGGCAUAUA